UACCGACUUCAGUCACAUGUCUGCAGAACCCGAGUCUGUAGCAGACGGAACUAGCCAGCUAGCUAGUUAGCCUUUUUUUUGUUGACAUUUUAUCAAACAGAGUAAUUUGCACGAAUAUUAUUUAUCUAGUCAUUUCUGAUUUUCUUGUCAAAAUGUAAGUUUAUCAAGUGAUCGGGUCAAGACUAGUAAUGGGAUGAUGGAUAUGGAAUUUAUUUGGCUUGCUAGCUAGCUUCGUUAGCAUUUGUGUGUGUGUGUGUUUGUUAACGCUAACUCAGCUAGCUGGAUAGACGAAUUUCUUUGUGAUUAAUUUUUGGAUUUAACUUGCUUGGAUGUCAUGGCUUCAACGAAAUGACAGGAAUUAUCUUCAAGUCACCAAUACGGAUUAAAUAAACGGUUUGAUCGGCUGGGUGGUGGAGAGAGGAGACAUGGUAUUGUAGUUGUGCCUUGUAACGUUGCUCAACGUGACAGUGUUGUUUUAUUGUCAUACUGAUUGGCUAAGUAAACAUUAGCAUAUAGCUAGCAGGAAAGCUCCACAAUGCAUGACGCUUACGAACCGGUACCUAUCCUGGAGAAACUGCCUCUCCAGAUUGACUGUCUUGCGGCCUGGGAGGACUGGCUUCUAGUUGGGACCAAACCAGGCCAUCUGCUGCUCUACAGAAUCAAAAAGGAUGCAGGUACCAACAGGUUUGAGGUGACUCUGGAGAAAUCCAACAAGAACUUCUCCAAGAAGAUCCAGCAGCUCUUCAUUGUCUCACAGUACAAGAUCCUCAUUAGUCUACUAGAGAACAACAUCCAUGUCCACGACCUAUUGACCUUUCAGCAGAUUACUGUGGUCUCCAAGGCCAAAGGGGCAACGCUCUUCGCCUGUGACCUGCAGCUGUCCCCUUCAGGAGAGGCCCAGCUGAGGAUGUGUGUUGCAGUGAAGAAGAAGCUUCAGCUGUACUACUGGAAGGACAGGGAGUUCUAUGAGCUACAGGGGGACUUUUCUGCUCCUGACAUCCCGAAGUCCAUGGCCUGGUGUGAGAACUCCAUCUGUGUAGGCUUCAAGAGAGACUACUACCUCAUCCGGAUGGAUGGGCGAGGCUCCAUCAAGGAGCUCUUCCCCACGGGGAAGCAGCUGGAGCCCCUGGUGGUUCCUCUGGCUGAUGGGAAGGUGGCGGUGGGCCAGGAUGACCUCACGGUGGUGCUCAACGAGGAGGGGGUCUGCACUCAGAAGUGUGCCCUCAACUGGACCGACAUCCCCAUUGAUAUGGAACACCAGCCCCCCUACAUCAUAGCUGUCCUGCCUCGCUAUGUGGAGAUCAGGACCUUUGAACCCAGACUGCUGGUCCAGAGUGUGGAGCUACAGAGACCACGAUUCAUCACCUCAGCUGGGCCUAAUAUAGUGUACGUUGCCAGCAACCAUUUUGUCUGGCGCCUGGUGCCUGUGUCCAUCGCCAGUCAGAUCAGACAGUUACUACAGGACAAGCAGUUUGAACUGGCCCUGCAACUGGCGAAUAUGAAGGAUGAUGUGGAAGGAGAUAAGAGACAGCAGAUUCACCACAUCCAGAAUCUCUAUGCCUUCAAUCUGUUCUGUCAGAAGAGGUUCGAUGACUCCAUGCAGGUGUUCGCUAAGCUCGGCACAGAUCCCACCCAUGUGAUUGGUCUGUAUCCCGACCUGCUCCCCACUGACUACCGUAAACAGCUGCACUACCCCAACCCCCUGCCCAGUCUGUCUGGAGCAGAACUGGAGAAGGCUCACCUGGCGCUCAUAGACUACCUGACACAGGUGGGGGGUGUUGUAAACCAGAGUGUAUUACUGACACAGCUGAACGACUCCGACCUAUCCACCCCGUCUCCCCUCAUGGAAGGUACUCCCACCAUCAAGAGCAGGAAGAAACUCCUGCAGAUCAUCGACCUAGUGCUCAAAUGCUACCUGCAUGGACGUAUGGAUACCUCAGACACCAACGUGGCCCUGGUGUCCCCUCUGUUGCGUCUGGAUAAUAACCACUGUCACAUUGAGGAGAGUGAGUACAUCCUGAAGAAGGCCCACAAGUACAGCGAGCUCAUCAUCCUCUAUGAGAAGAAGGGCCUGCAUCAGAAAGCCCUACAGGUGUUGUUGGACCAGUCCACCAAGGCUAACUCUCCCCUAAAGGGGCAUGAGAGGACUGUGCAGUACCUCCAGAGACUGGGGAUGGAGAAUCUAGGCAUCAUCUUUGAGUUCUCUCCCUGGGUGUUGAAGAUCUGUCCUGAAGACGGACUGAAGAUCUUCACUGAGGACCUGACGGAGGUAGAGACCCUGCCCAGAGACAAGGUCCUGAACUUCCUGAAGGAGGGCUUUAAGGAGCUGACUAUCCCCUACCUGGAGCACAUCGUACACGUCUGGGAGGAGAUGGAGCCAGAGUUCCAUAACGUCCUCAUUCAGCUGUACCUGGAGAGGGUCCAGGGGCUCAUGAAGCAGUACCUCAACUCCCUGCCCGAGGGGGUUCCUGCAGUGGCUGCUGGGAAGGAGGAGGGGGACCUGGGAGAGUUCAGGAGCAAGCUAGUGUGUUUCCUGGAGGUCUCUACCAGCUACGAACCAGGCCGACUUAUCUCUGACUUCCCCUUCGAUGGUCUUCUGGAGGAGCGGGCCCUGCUUCUGGGUCGGAUGGGGAAACACGAACAGGCCCUCUUCAUCUACGUACACGUCCUGAAGGACACACACAUGGCCAAGGAGUACUGUCACCGAUAUGGGAUACAGGUGUACCUGUCUGACCACCCUAUGGAUGAGUUCGUACGUGGGACCACCCUAUGGAUGAGUUCGUGGGACGAUAGCCUGUUGACCACCCUAUGGAUGAGUUCGUGGGACGAUAGCCUGUUGACCACCCUAUGGAUGAGUUUUAGACUGCACCACAAUACUCUGAAUACCGCUAAGGCCAUCAACCUGCUGCCAGCCAACACUCAGAUCAGAGAGAUCCGUGUGUUCCUGGAGAGUGUUCUGGAGGAGAAGGCCCAGAGGAAACGCUUUGACCAGGUGCUCAAGAGUCUGCUGCAGGCCGAGUUCCUACGGGUCCAGGAGGAGCGUAUCUUCCACCAGCAGGUCAAGUGUACCAUCUCAGAAGAGAAGACCUGCCGGGUCUGUAAGAAGAAGAUAGGCAACAGCGCCUUCGCCAGGUAUCCCAACGGUGUUGUCGUUCAUUACUUCUGCUGUAAGGACCGAGGGGUGUGUCCUAUUGAGCAGUGACACCAAAAUAGUGUCCUCUUGUGGACUACAUGUUCCUUAGCGGCACCCUGGACGGAGGGAGUGCAGGGAGCUGGGUUUGUCUGAAACACUUCCACAGCAGCUUGGCUGUUCAGCUGGACUCAACUCUAGAACUCUGGAACUCUGGAUCUCUGGAACUCUGGAUCUCUGGAACUCUGGAUCUCUGGAUCUCUGGAACUCUGGAACUCUGGAUCUCUGGAACUCUGGAACUCUGGCUGCUUCUGUCUGGAAUUGUGGAAUACUGUUCCUCUCCCUCCCGAUCUCGCUGUCUCUCUCUCUCUGACUCUCCCUCUCCUCUGACUCUUGCUGUCUCUCUGACUCUCCCUCUCCUCUGACUCUUGCUGUCUCUCUGACUCUCCCUCUCGCUCUCUGUCUCUGACUCUCGCUGUCUCUCUGACUCUCGCUGUCUCUCUCUGACUCUCGCUGUCUCUCUCUCUCUCGCUGUCUCUCUCUGACUCUCGCUGUCUCUCUCUGACUCUCGCUGUCUCUCUCUGACUCUCGCUGUCUCUCUCUGACUCUCGCUGUCUCUCUCUGACUCUCGCUGUCUCUCUCUGACUCUCGCUGUCUCUCUCUGACUCUCGCUGUCUUUCUCUCUGACUCUCGCUGUCUCUCUGUCUAUCUAAUAUUCGGAUAAUCUUUAUUAGCAUGAAUGACUAAGCCACUGUUGCUAAAGCGAAGUGAGAUAAUGUAAUCAACAAUAACAGUAAAAAAAAAAGUAUGAAUAUUGAUGGUGAUUAGAUAAAGGAGACUAAUAUAUAUAUUAUACACAAUCGUUCAGAAGUUUGGGGUCACUUAGAAAUAUCCUGGUUUUUGAAAGAAAAGCUCAUUUUUUUGUCCAUUAAAAUAACAUCAAAUUAAUCAGAAAUACAAUGUAGACAUUUUGUAAAUGACUGUUGUAGCUGGAAACAGCUGAUUUGUUAUGGAAUAUCUAUAUAGGCGUACAUAGGCCCAUUAUCAGCAACCAUCACUCCUGUGUUCCAAUGGAAUAUCUACAUAGGCGUACAUAGGCCCAUUAUCAGCAACCAUCACUCCUGUGUUCCAAUGGAAUAUCUAUAUAGGCGUACAGAGGCCCAUUAUCAGCAACCAUCACUCCUGUGUUCCAAUGGAAUAUCUACAUAGGUGUACAGAGGCCCAUUAUCAGCAACCAUCACUCCUGUGUUCCAAUGGCACGUUGUGUUAGAUAAUCCAAGGUUAUCAUUUUAAAAGGCAAACUCCCUUCACAGAACAGUGUAAACUGGCUCUAUCCAAAUGGGCCUCUUUACGUCAAUGAAGAUAUUCCAUUAAAAAUCAGCCUCGCCUCGUUUCCUCCUCUACUCAUCUCAUCCUCAACACGCUAUAGGCUAAUUAACACAUUAAGCUGAUGCCGUGUGUGUGUGUGUGUGUGUGUGUGUGUGUGUGUGUGUGUACUUAAAAGCAUCUCUUUGCUUUUCACUUUUCAUGUUGUUUUCAGUGACCCGUUUGUUUCUAAGGAAAUGGUUGAACACCACUCCAGAUUAUAAUGCGACGACUAAACUUCUAAUAUUUUUUAAAUAUCUCAGUUGCCUCAGUAUCAAUAUAAUAUCAACCCUUCUGUCAUA